AGCGCGGUGACGACAGAGGUAGUGGGCGUGACGACAUGGGGAAGUGGGCGUGACGACAGAGGGAGUGGGCGUGACAUCAUAAGAUAACAUAAGAUAGCUUUAUUGUCAUUGGGCACAGUGUACAAGAAAAUUGAGCAGCAAUCCUUAAGGUGCUUAAAACACAAUAAAUAACAUGAACUAAAAAUAUAUAUAUAUAAAAAAAAAACAAAUACUGGUGGUGUUAAUCGAUUAAAAAAUAUAAUCAGAUUAAUCACAACAAUAUUGUGUGAUUAACUGCGAUUAAUCACACUUGCUCUUCUUAAGACAAAAGUUUUUGAAGUGGAUUUGUACUACUUAUACUGGAUAAUGAUCUCCAGCCCUUAAGCUCACUAUCUGGUAGAGAGAGACGGAGAGAGAGAGACAAGAGGAAAAGACGCCGAAAGAGAAACAAACAAAUCUCUAUAUUUGGGUCUUAACUGGAAAUCUGAAUCGAAGCUUUAAAAAAAAUUAUACCACGUUACUGAUUGCAAAUUAACCGCACGCGUUAACACUUUAACACUUUUGAUAGCCCUAACAAAUACACAUUUUUAAAGAGUAUAUCGUCACUGUCCAAUGAAAAACAAGAUUUUUUUUUAUAUUCUGUUUUUGUCUAUUUUAAUUUACUACAUAAUUUGAACACAUAAACUGUAUCUUACACUGUGGCAAAAUUUCUUGAUGACUGGGCCAAUAGCAAUACUGAUUUUUUUAUUUUUUUACAUUGACUUCCAUUGAAAGUUUAUAAGUUUUUUUUCUCUCUCCUGUAAAGUUGCCAUUUUGGAGAUACAUGUUUUUAUUGGACAGUGAUAUUUAAAAUAUAUACAAUACAGUACAAAUUAUUGCACAGGCACUGAGUAGCUGAAGAGACUUGGAGAAUAAAUAAAUAUGUUGAAAAAAGUCUGUUUAUCAGUGUUUUUUUAGUUACUUGUAUCGUGUUCUGUGAGUGUGUGUGGGUUUUUUGCAGUUUUGCAGUGUUUUGUUUUUAAUUGCAUACAUUAUUUUCUACACUAUUGUUAACAUUUUUAUUUUACUAUACAGAGCCAUUAGGAACUGAGAAUAAAUAAUUAGGUACAGGUAUUUUAGCUAAUGUGCGUUUUAGCUCACUCUGAACAAACUCAGAGCAAACAGCAGAUUGUCUGUUAUCUCUGUUUAAAAAGAGAGAUAAGGUAAUCAUGUGAACAAUACACGUAUCUCCAAGUCGCUUCACACCUGCAGUCUGAGAGUGGGUAAUUCUGCUGAGUUCGCUGAAAGGCCUUUUUUCCCUCUACUGAUUAGCCAGUGAUGUAAACAGGGGAACUUAUCCGGGCUGCGUCUCAAAUCUCUGAACUGCUGCCUACUGAGGGAGGAUUCUGAGGCAGCAAGAGUUUAGUAAUCCAGCUCUCUGUUCACAGUGAAAACAUAAUGAUCUAUUUGUCUGUCUGGCCUUUUAUCCUUCUAUAUAUCUAUACAUCUUUUCACUAGUCUCUCCAUAUCUGUCUAUUACCAUCUAUUAAUCGACCCAUUGUUCUGUCUAUCCAACAGUCUGUCCCUCCAUCCAUUCAUCCAUCCAUCUAUUAAUCUGUCUACAUCUAUCCAUUUGGUUCUUUAUAUUGGUAUGUCUUUCUGUGCAAUUACCCAUUACCAAUGUAUCUAUCUAUCCAUCCAUACAUACAUCUUUUCUGCUAUCCAUCAUCCAUCCAUCUUUCCAAACUUCCUUCCAUCCAUCCACCCAUCCAUCCAUCCAUCUAUUCAUCCAUCCAUUCAUUUGUCUCUACAUAUAAGUCUGUAUUUCUAUAUAUUCAUGAAUCUGUCCAUCUGUGCAUCCAAACAUCCAUCCUUCCAUCAACCCAUCCAUUUAUCCAUCUAUCUAUUUAUCCAUCUCUACAUAUAUCUAUUUAUCUUUACAUAUCAUUCUGUCUGUCCUUUUAUCUGUACACAUUUAUCUUUCGAUCAAUCCAUCUAUUUAUCCAACCAUCCAUCCAUCUAUCUAUCUGUUUGUCCAUCAAUUAUCCACCCAUUCUUUUAUCUAUUCUUCCAUCUGUCAAUCUAUAUAUUUAUCCAAUCAUGAUUACACUGGGUGAUCCUCACAUACAUAAAUCAAUUUGUCUCUGUAUAUAAGUCUUUCUAUAUAUUCAUCUGUCUAUCCAUCUAUCCAUUCUACCAUCCAUCCAUCCAUCCAUCGGUUCAUCCAUCCAUCCAGCCAUUAAUCGACCCUUCCAUCACUCCAUCUUUACAAUCUCCCAUCCAUCCAUCCAUCCAUCCAUCCAUACUUUCAUCUGUCAAUCUUAUCUAUUUAUCCAAUCAUGAUUACACUAGAUGAUCCUCACAUACAUACCAAUUUGUCUCUACAUAUUAGAAUGUCUUUUUAUAUAUUUAUCCAUUUGUCCAUCCAUCCAUCCAUAUAUACAUUUGUCUCUACAUAUCAUAUCAUAACUGUCCGUCAGUCCAUCCAUCCAUCUGUCCUUCAAUCCAUCCAUCCAUCCAUCCAUCUGUCUAUUUAGCCAUUAAUCCAUCCAUAUAUACAUUUGUCUCUACAUAUCAGUCUGUCUCAUAGAUAUCUGUUUGUCCAGCUCUUAUCCAUCCAUCCAUCCAUCCAUCCAUCCUCUAUCUUUAGAUCCCUCUACAAUCUUAUGGUCCUCCCAAAAUGUUUAAUGAUGUUGAGGUCUGGACUCUGGGGUUGUCAACUUUAGCACUUUGAUACUGUAUGUCAAGUCUGAACAUUACUGUGUGGAUUUGAUUGUACUGAAGGGCAUCCGUAUCGUCUGAUGAUAUUGAACAGAGCUCAAUCAUCACUCCAAAGGACCUCACAGCUCUGUGCCAACCCAACCCUGUACCCAUGUAGUCCCCCCUCAACCCUGGGCAUGGUGUGUGUGCAUGUAUAUAUGUGUGUGCAUGUAUUUGUGUGUGUGUGCUCAAUGGGGGCACCUUAAAGUACCUGAGUCAGAAGGGCCCUUACUAUUGUCUCACCUGAAGAGCCAGAGGCGUGUUAAAGUGGUGAGUGGGAGGAGCUUGUGGGGCCGCACCUGGCAGCCAAUCAGAUUGCUGUGAGGGAGGACAAUACAGGAGGUUUGCUUCAGAUCAGUAGAAAAGCGGUGGGCCGGGGGGAUUAAAGAGCUCCUCUGAGAUCAGUCAGAACCGACGCCAGAACCGCCAGCGUCAUGGGAGAUCAUCACAAACGUUCUGGUCUGGUGUCGCUGUGUGUGGGUUGUGGUCAUCAGAUUCUGGACCGGUUUAUUCUGCGGGUGUUUCCGGAUCUGGAGUGGCACACUGCCUGUCUGAAGUGCUCAGAGUGUGAACAACACCUGGACGAGUCGCUGACCUGCUUCAUCAGAGACGGGAAAGCGCUGUGUAAAGAGGAUUACAGCAGGUUAUACAGCACUAAGUGCUCGCGGUGCCGUCGCUCAUUCAGCAGUGGUGAUUAUGGGAUGCGGGCAGGAGUUGGCGCUGUGUAUCAUGUGCAGUGUUUCAGGUGUGCGGGAUGUGAUCGUCAGCUGGUGCCCGGAGACAGAUUCACCCUGAGGGACGGAAACCUGCACUGCGUCAGCCGAACCCAGACCUGCAGGGGGGUAACAGCAGACUCCGCCCCCUCAGGUAAAGGGUGUGACCCCGGCUGGUCAUGUGAUCAGCGGGCGGAGCGGGUGACCCGGGUCCGGACAGUUCUGAGCGAGGCUCAGCUGCACACACUGCAGAGCUGCUACAGCGCCAACCCGCGACCCGACGCCCUGCUGAAGGAGCAGCUGGUGGAGCUGACGGGUCUGAGCCCGCGGGUCAUCCGGGUCUGGUUCCAGAACAAACGCUGCAAAGACAAGAAGAGGAGCACAGCGGCCCGAAACACCCAGAACCGACCCAACCAGCAGGAGGAGUUUUUUACAGCGAGUCCGGACAGUCUGGACCAGGAAGUGCUGAUGAACCCGCUGGACCUGCAGAACUUCCAGCCGUCCUGGAAACUCCUGACCAGCUUCUCCUUCCAGUCAGACAGCGACUACGACUCCACCCAGCACCAGCAGCCGGACGGUUUAUCGGAGAGGAUGACGAGCUGCUCUUCUGCAGGAAGUGAUGUCAUGACGCUUGAGCUGACCACGCCCACCAGCUUCAACUCCAGCCCACCACUGGCCAACCAGUAAACACACUGACUUUAUAUCAUAAUAUUACCACAGUGUUCAUAUUAAAUUAUUUGAAUUAAAGUACAUGUAUUGUUUUUUUAUAGAUAAUUUUGUGCCUUUUGAUAACAUGUGACUUAAAAGUAAAAGAAAAAAUGUUGCUUUAAUAACCUUCAAAUGCACACAGUAUUUACUGUCCUAGUUUCACUUCUUUUUCUGCUUAUUUAUUAAUUUAUUAAUUGUCAUUUAUAAACACAGAGUUGGUCUGAAGUGGCUAAUUGUAUGUACUUGUUAUUUUUUUUAUUUAUU